UUUACUGUUUGUUCUCUGGGUGUUGCUUUUUAAACAUUGUUCUUGGUGUGUGAGGCAGUUAGCCUGUCAUUUGGACAAGAGGAAAGGUAGUUUUCCCCCCUCUAAACCCUUUCCUGAAGGUGAAGAUAAUUUUUGUUUCUUGCAAGGGCAAUUUGACUGGGUCGCUUUUUUGUUUUUAUUUUCUGGGUUGCCCUUUGUAGAAUUUCUCCUUUGGUCCUUCACUCCGCCUGCCUCUUCUCAGCUAUUGCUGCAAGUGAAGCAGAGCAAUGCCUUAUACCUACCAGGAUCCCAGCCCACAGGCUCCUUCUGUGCCCCAAAGUGCCUGUGCCACGCAUUCCAGUGGCCACACAUACAAGGAGCUGAAGCUUGAAUGCCAACAGAAGGGGACCCUCUUUGAGGACUGUGAUUUCCCAGCCAACGACUCUUCCCUAUUCUACAGUGAGAAACCACCAGUCCCCUUUGUGUGGAAAAGACCAGGGGAAAUUGUUAAAGACCCACAGUUUAUCCUUGGAGGAGCCACAAGAACUGACAUUUGCCAAGGAGAACUUGGUGAUUGUUGGCUGUUAGCAGCUCUAGCAUCUCUUACUCUUAAUGAAAAAGUAUUAGCCAGAGUUGUGCCACAGAAUCAAGAUUUUGGGCCAGGUUAUGCCGGAAUAUUUCAUUUCCAGUUUUGGCAGCACAAUGAAUGGCUGGAUAUUGUUAUUGAUGACCGCUUGCCCACUUUCAAAGACCGUUUGGUUUUUCUGCACUCAGCUGAUCUCAAUGAAUUCUGGAGUGCAUUGUUGGAAAAAGCCUAUGCCAAGCUGAACGGCAGUUAUGAAGCUCUAAAAGGUGGAAGUUCAAUUGAAGCCAUGGAAGACUUCACUGGUGGAGUUGGAGAAACAUUUGAAGUUAAAAAGGCUCCAAAAAAUUUCUAUGAAUUCUUACAGAGAGCUCUUCAGAGAGGCUCAAUGGUGGGCUGUUCUAUUGAUAUCAGCAGUGCAGCUGAGUCAGAAGCUCGAACCCCAUAUGGUCUCCUAAAAGGUCAUGCAUAUUCAGUAACUGGUCUUGAUGAGGUCAACUACCAAGGGCGGACAGUGAAGCUCAUUCGAGUUAGGAAUCCAUGGGGCAAAGUGGAAUGGAAUGGUGCCUGGAGUGACAACUCCUCUGAGUGGCAUUCCAUCAGCGCAUCAGAGAAACAACAGUUGCAUCAUGCAGCGUUAGAUGAUGGAGAGUUCUGGAUGAACUUUGAAGAUCUCCUGUCUCAUUUUGACAAAGUUGAAAUCUGUAACCUCACACCUGAUGCCCUUGAAGAUAAUGCUAUUCAUAAAUGGGAGGUGUCAGUUCACCAAGGCAGCUGGGUCAGAGGUUCCACUGCUGGAGGGUGCCGGAAUUUCAUAGAAACGUUUUGGACCAAUCCCCAGUUCAAGCUCCAGUUAACAGAAAAAGAUGAGGGUCAGGACGAGUGCACAUUUAUAGCAGCCCUAAUGCAGAAAGAUCGCCGUAAACUCAAGAAACUUGGAGCUGAAAUGCUAACAAUAGGAUAUGCUAUCUAUGAGAGUCCCAAUAAAGAUGAACACUUGACAAAGGAGUUUUUUCGCUAUCAUGCAUCCAAAGCCAAGAGCAAAACCUAUAUCAACUUAAGGGAAGUUUCUGACAGAUUUGCGCUACCACCUGGGGACUACAUUAUUGUUCCAACCACAUAUGAGCCACAUCAGGAGGCUGAUUUCUGUCUAAGGGUUUUUUCUGAAAAGAAAGCAGUUACAGAGGAGAUGGAUGGAAAUGUCAACAUUGAUUUGCCAGAGAUUCCUGAACCAACACAACCCCAAGAAGAAACAGAAGAAGAAAAGCAGUUCCGGGACUUGUUUAAGCAGAUUUCAGGACCGGACAUGGAGAUCAAUGCAGAGGAACUUGAAUAUAUUCUGAAUGCUGUGUUGAAAAAAACAGGCAACAUCAAAUUCAAGAAAAUAAGCCUUCUGUCAUGUAGAAAUAUCAUUUCCUUAAUGGAUUCCAGUGGGAAUGGAAAACUGGAAUUCAACGAAUUCAAAAUUUUCUGGGACAAACUGAAGAAGUGGAUUAGCCUCUACCUUCAUUUUGAUUCUGAUCAGUCCGGCACAAUGUCUUCCUACGAACUUCGCCUUGCUUUAAAAGCAGCAGGAUUUCAGCUCAAUAACUAUCUGCUGCAGCUGAUUGUAUUAAGAUACUCUGAUGACCAGCAUCAGAUUGAAUUUGAUGACUUCUUAAACUGCCUAAUUCGCUUGGAAAAUGCAAGCAGAGUAUUUGAGGCAUUGCAUGUGCAAAACGAAGAUUUCAUUAACCUUCAUAUAAAUGAGUUUAUCAAUUUGACUAUGAACAUCUGAAGGCCUCAAAUAUGGAUUUCAGCCAGUCUCCAACA